AUGUCUAAACUUUUGGUUCUAAUAGUUGCUGGUUUUUCGCUUUUAAUGCCCCAAAAUUCAGCUUCUCUUUACUGCUUCAACCAACCUUGUCCAACAAAUGCAGUGAGUUGCGAUAGAGAUUUUGUAUUUGUUAAUGCCUCUAGUGCCCAAGUGAAUAUUUUUUGUUUGGAUGACCAUAGUGAGACUCUUUCAGUUAAAUCAAAUAUCCGCAUUAUGGAAAUUUGUUAUUGUUUUUUAGGAGAAGUGUUGAAAACGUUUACUCUAUAUAAAUCUAUAAAACUUUACAAAACAACAGCCCAUGAAUAUAUCGAGGAUUUUGCGAAUGAAGACUGA